GCGGCGGCGCCGCGGAUGGCGCUGAGGCGGAGCAUGGAGUGGCCGUGGCUCCGGCUCCGGCUCCCGCUCCGGUUCUCGCAGCUGUUGCUGGCGGGACUGGCCGCGCUGCUGCUCCCGGAGCUCUCAGCCGCAGGCCUGAAGCUCAUUGGGGCCCCUCUGAAGCUGACAGUAUCCCAAGGGCAACCAGUGAAGUUGAACUGCAGUGUGGAGGGAUUAGAGGAGCCUGAGAUCCAGUGGGUCAAGGAUGGGGCCGUGGUGCAGAGUGUGGACCAAGUCUACAUUCCUAUCAGUGAACAGCAUUGGAUUGGCUUCCUCAGCCUGAAGUCAGUAGAUCGAUCGGAUGCUGGGCGCUACUGGUGCCAAGUAGAAGAAGGGGGAGAAACAGAGACAUCCCAGCCAGUGUGGCUUACAGUAGAAGGUGUGCCGUAUUUUACCGUGGAGCCAGAGGACCUCACAGUGCCCCCUAAUGCCCCUUUCCAACUGUCUUGUGAAGCCGUGGGGCCCCCAGAACCUGUAACCAUCUUCUGGUGGAGGGGGGGCACACAGGUGGGAGAACCAGCCCUCUCUCCCUCCAUUUUGAAUGUUACAGGGGUGACCCAGAGCACCGUGUUCUCCUGUGAAGCUCAUAACCUGAAAGGUUUGGCCUCCUCCCGUCCAGCCACAGUCUAUCUUCAAGCUCUGCCAGCAGCACCUUCUAAUGUAACAGUGACCCGGCUAUCUAGCAACAAUGCCAGUGUGGCCUGGAUUCCUGGCUCUGAUGGCCAGGCUCUACUCCAUUCCUGCACAGUCCAGGUAACAGAGGCCCCAGGAGGCUGGGAGGUCCUGGCAGUGGUGGUCCCUGUGCCACCCUUCAGUUGUCUGCUGCGGGGCUUAGAACCUGCCACCAACUACAGCUUAAGGGUUCGAUGUACCAAUGCCUUAGGGCCUUCCCCAUAUGCAGACUGGGUGCCCUUCCAGACCCAGGGUCUGGCCCCAUCCAGUGCCCCUCAGAACCUCCAUGCCAUCAGAACAGACUAUGGUCUCAUCUUGGAGUGGGAAGAAGUCAUUCCUGAGAGCUCUAAUGAGAGCCCCCUGGGACCCUACAGAAUAUCCUGGGUUCAAGAAAAUGGGACCCAGGGUGAGAUGACUGUUCUGGGGACCAGAGCCAACCUGACUGGCUGGGAUCCCCUGAAGGACCUGACAGCCAGAGUGUGUGUCUCCAAUGAAGUUGGCUGUGGCCCUUGGAGCCAGCCUCUGCUUGUCUCCUAUCGUGAUGGGGCUGGUCAGCAGGGCCCCCCUCACAGUCGCACAUCUUGGGUGCCUGUCGUCUUGGGUGUUCUUACAGCGCUUGUGACAGCUGCUGCCCUGGCCUUAAUCCUGCUUCGUAAAAGGAGGAAGGAAACCCGGUUUGGGCAAGCCUUUGACAGCGUCAUGGCCCGUGGAGAGCCUGCUGUUCAUUUUCGUGCUGCCAGAUCCUUUAAUAGGGAAGGUCCAGAACGAAUUGAAGCCACACUGGACAGCCUGGGUAUCAGUGAUGAGCUAAAAGACAAACUGGAGGAUGUGCUGAUCCCGGAGCAACAGUUCACCUUGGGCAGGAUGUUGGGCAAAGGGGAGUUUGGGUCAGUGAGGGAAGCCCAGCUGAAGCAGGCAGAUGGCUCCUUUGAGAAAGUAGCUGUGAAAAUGCUAAAAGCGGACAUCAUCAAUUCCAGUGACAUUGAAGAGUUUCUUCGAGAAGCUGCUUGCAUGAAAGAAUUUAACCACCCACAUGUGGCCAAGCUUAUUGGGGUGAGCCUUCGCAGCCGGGCCAAGGGCCGCUUGCCUAUCCCCAUGGUGAUCCUGCCCUUCAUGAAGCAUGGAGACCUACAUGCUUUCCUGCUUGCCUCCCGAAUAGGAGAAAACCCUUUUAACCUGCCCUUGCAGACACUGAUCCGAUUCAUGGUGGACAUUGCCAGUGGCAUGGAGUACCUGAGUUCCCAGAACUUCAUCCACAGGGACCUGGCUGCUCGGAAUUGCAUGUUAGCUGAGGACAUGACUGUGUGUGUGGCUGACUUUGGCCUAUCUCGGAAGAUCUACAGUGGUGAUUAUUACCGGCAGGGCUGUGCCUCCAAAUUGCCUGUCAAAUGGUUAGCCCUGGAAAGCUUGGCUGAUAACCUGUACACAGUGCAUAGUGAUGUGUGGGCAUUUGGUGUGACCAUGUGGGAGAUAAUGACACGGGGACAAACACCUUAUGCCGGUAUCGAAAACGCUGAGAUUUACAACUACCUCAUCAGUGGGAACCGUCUGAAGCAGCCACCUGAAUGUCUGGAGGAAGUCUAUGAGCUCAUGUACCAGUGCUGGUGCUCAGACCCCAAGCAGCGUCCUACUUUCCCGACUCUUCGGAUGGAGCUGGAAGAGAUCCUGGGCCGAAUGUCUGUUCUCUCUGCCAGUCGGGACCCUCUCUACAUUAAUAUCGAGAAGGCUGAGGAACAAGCAGAAGAGGGAAGCCAGCUGGGUGGGGACCAGGCUGUCAGUGGGGAUGGGGAUAGGAACAGUAAUGGUACAGGGCCAGUAGGAGGUAUUCCCAGUGACUAUCGGUACAUCCUUACCCCUAGUGGGCUGGCUGAACAGUCUGGGGAGGAACAGCAGUCAGAGGGGGCCUGUGGGGAGGCCCAGAGGAGGAUGCUACUCUAGCGGCUGUUGGCACAUGGAGGCUUUUAGCCUAACAAAUGGAUGGGCAUCCUUUGGGGGUUAGGGGGAGGUGUCUGGCUGGCUCUGCUGGCUAGCAAAGCCCCCCCUUUGAGCUCAGCCCAGUCAGAAGUGUGGGGACUCCUAUGGCAGUCCCUCCCAAGCUGUGUUGGGGACUGGGCUUUGGAAGCCUGAUCUGACCAAAUCGCCCAAUCUCAG